CUUCCUUUCCCACUCAUGGAAUCUACUGUACUCUCACACUGUCUACGUGUUUGUCAUGCGCAGUCAGGAAAUCACAGCACUCAAAGCAUGCCGGCCAUGCUCCAAGGCCAAGACCCGGUGCGAUCCCGGGCCCAGCAGCCAAGCCUGUCAGAGAUGCCAUCGCCUACGGAAAGAAUGCACGAAGCAAGCUCCAGGAGCGCAUAGUCUUGGCAAACCCAGAACCAGAACGUUGACGGACGUGAGACGAUUAGAGAAGAAACUCGAGAACAUGACCUCACUCCUAGGGCCCUCCCAGCAGCCCAUUGCAGACAUCAUCUCGAAUUGCGGGUGCCUGACACCCGUCGGCCAGAUGCCACAAGUGUCACAAGCACAGACCUAUUCUUCGAGCGGGGCAAACGAGACAUCGCAGGCGACAGUCGCCAUCUUCCACCAGCGCAUGGCGACGCGCUUCCCGUUCAUUGUGUGCGCACCCUCGAUGUCGGAUGAUGAGCUUCUCGUCCGCAAACCGUUCCUCCACAUGGUCAUGUCCAUGAUCGCCUGUCAGGAUCAGGAGGCGCAGUGGGCUAUCGCCGGGAAGGUCAAGGCGUACCUGGUUGAACGAGUCGUGGUCAACGGGGAAGCUAGUUUGGAUCUCUUCCAGGGGUUUCUUCUCUUCCUUGCGUGGGCGCAUAUCUACGUCCUCUCGCCGGAACAACUGUGCAACGAUCUCCAUCUACUGGUGGCUCAGAGCAGGAAUUUGGGUCUAGCCAGAGAUGUAUCGAGCGGGGCGUCGAUGUCCGUGUUGUCGUACAUGAAGUGCAGACAGUUUGAGCGGCCAUCCGGCCCGGGCCGGACCUUGGAAGAACGCAAGGCUUAUCUGGGGUGCUUUUACUUGGUUACGAUCUACCAAGUCCUCCAAGCGGCGGUGCAAGGAGAAUCCGAUCGAUACCUGUUGUGUCUGGUCGAUCUUGCUCGCAUCGCGGAGAAAAUCCACCGUACCCUUCAGCCAGACCACCCGCAUGGGUCGACGGGCUCCUCAAUCUGCGCACAUGGAGGGAUGGCCAUUCGAUGGCUGCAGAAGGAGCUCGAACAACUGAAGCCUGCGCUUGCAUUUAAUGAUCCCACACAGUCCUCAUUCCUCCUCCUCCAAUACCACAACCUCGAACUUUUCAUCUACCGCACCGCCCUCCGCCGCGACCCCGACUUGAAAUCAAGCGCCUACCUGCCCACCCACCUCACCACCCUGCACGCCUGUCUCCACGCCGUGAAAUCCUUCUUCGACACCUUCUUCGCCAUCCCCUCAUCGGCCUUCUUCCACAUGCCCUACCUCCUCUGGUGCCAACUAGGCCACGGCUUUCUCAUCCUCUCCCACAUCUCCGUGUAUGACGAUGGAGACGCCGAUGACGAUGACCCAGCAAAGAACCUUUGGGACAGGGAGUACGCGCGCCAGGUCAUAGAUUACCAGGCGACGGUCGACCGGCUCACGCAGAAGGUGGAGGAUGCGGUCGCGGUCGCUUGCGAGGAAGGGACCCUUGUUCCGAGGGUGUUUGGCAAGGUAGCCUCGCGAAUUGCCAUGUGGCGGGAUUCCCAUGCGCGGCAGGAGGAGGCCUUGCGGCAGCGGCAGCGGCAGCGGCAGCGGCAGAGAAGUAUGGUUCGGUCCGCGGCCGCAACAUCCACGUCGACAAUGAGCCCAGAAAUUGUUGUCGGGAUGGAGAUGGAGACAGAGGAACUGGUGCCUGGCAUGGGGUUGGAGGAUUUGUUGAUGAUCGGGCCCAUGUGGGAGUUUUUCCCUUUUUGACCCGGGGGGAGGGGGAAUUUUUCGUACUAUGGUUCGGUUAUGGUUGGGCUAUAGGCUAAAAGAACAUGGAUGAGAUAAGGCUGGCGAGGCCCAUGAGGAGGAAGCGCUCAUGAUGGUUUCCGUAUGAUCACUACACUAUGGAAUCUGCUCGCUUCUUC